AUGAUGCAGAAUUUGCUGUUGGAAGAAGGAGGCCUGGUUCAGGUGGAAAGUGUCAACCUUCAAGUGGCCACAUACUCCAAAUUUCAGCCUCAGAGCCCUGACUUCUUGGACAUCACCAACCCAAAAGCAGUAUUAGAAAACGCAUUGAGAAACUUUGCCUGUCUGACCACUGGGGAUGUGAUUGCCAUCAACUACAAUGAGAAGAUCUAUGAACUGCGGGUGAUGGAGACCAAGCCUGACAAAGCCGUGUCCAUCAUCGAGUGUGACAUGAAUGUGGAUUUUGAUGCUCCCCUGGGCUACAAAGAACCCGAAAGACAAGUCCAGCAUGAGGAGUCCACGGAAGGCGAAGCCGACCAUAGCGGCUAUGCUGGAGAGCUGGGCUUCCGUGCCUUCUCCGGCUCCGGGAAUAGACUGGACGGGAAGAAGAAAGGUGUAGAGCCCAGCCCCUCCCCCAUCAAGCCUGGAGACAUCAAAAGAGGAAUUCCCAAUUAUGAAUUUAAACUUGGUAAGAUCACUUUCAUCAGAAAUUCACGUCCACUGAUCAAAAAGGUUGAAGAGGAUGAAGCUGGAGGCAGAUUCGUCGCUUUCUCUGGAGAAGGACAGUCAUUGCGUAAAAAGGGAAGAAAGCCAUAAGUUAGCCGAUUGGAAAAUAAAAUACUCAAUUGCAACAUAAUGGCUUUUAGUUACUGGCUCUGACAGGAAUGAAACUAUUGCAAAGGAUACUCUGUCACUUUAGGUUUGUUUAGAGCUUCCUGAGAAUUGUCUAGUUUAGUCUGGAAGUGGGAUGCAGGACUCCGUGGUUAUGUACUUGAAUUGGGUCCCAUAGGCGGUGGCCUCACCACUUCUUGCUUUCAGCCCUUGGGAGCACUCCCCCUGACCCAGCAGGAGCAGAGUUCCCCAGUUUCUGAUAAAAAUCAAAGGAAGGGGUUGAAUUGCUCUAACUUGUGAUGUUCUUUUUAUUUUAUUUAUCCUUUCUUUUUGUGGAUCUGUAGCUUAGAUGUUGCCUUUGGCCUAAAGAAAAGUGGUUUAAAUAGAUUUGUGCUCUAUAAAUGGUUAUUCCAUUACUCUGGCUACAAUUAAGUAUUUGAGGAUGGGUUUUUCUGUUUUUAUUUUACUUUUUUUUUUUCUUUUUUUAACAAAAGAACCAUUCCUCAGAAGGAAAACCUGAUCUGAAAACAUUUCUACUUUCAGUUUUCAUUUCAAAAUAACUGGCUCCAUGAAUCUAUUCUAUUAGGGGGAGGGAGGGAACAACAAAACUUCAUGGUGAAACACAAAUGUGAAUAUUAGAAUAAAUAAACGCUAAAGAUGGUCCUCUUUCUCCUUCCCUAUCUCCCACUCCCAGUUUAAUGUAUUAUCCAAUGUUCUGCUGGCCUGCAUAUUUUGUAUUGGUCUCAGUUCCUCACUUUCUAUAAAGUGAGAUCUUUUGACAUGUUAACCCAAUUAUUUUCAUCUCUUUUGUUCCUUGAAAGUAAUUCCAAAUUAAAUUUUCAAAUAAAAACAGGGAAAGACUAAAA